AUGGCAACCUUGCAAAACCCGUUCGGCGACUCACCCUCGAGGAUGGACGUCGGUGACGAGCCACUCCCGCCCCCCGCCCACGUCGCCGACGCUAUUCCCGAUUUCCACACACACGGCGAACAAAGGUGCGGCAACCACCGGCACGAUCUUAAGAGCAAAAACUUCGAAAAGUACCUACAACGCUACGGCGAAACCGAGCCCGCGACAUGGAAAGUGCCAUGCUCCAACUGCCAUCACCGUGUUAAGCUCAACCAGGUCCAUGACCUCCCCUGCGGCGAAAUCAUCUGCCGUAACUGCUUGAUGGUGAGGGCCUUCAAUGUGAAGCUGAAUAUCGAGAAGCACCGCGAGGAGAUCGAGGUAGAGCGCAACGCGAGGUGGAGGAUCAACAUGCGCUUCCGCAGGAAUCCGAACAUGACGGCAAACCAGAGAAAAGCGGUUGUCCAGAAGAACGCCGCCAUCCGACGGAACAUGUUACAUUUGGCCGGACUCAUGUGCUGCGGCGUGGAUAUGCAAUUGGGGAGAUUUAUAAGUUGUAUGGCUCCCAAGAUAUCGCGAAACCUGUGGCUUGCCAUUGAUUUGCCGCCGUUGGCAUUGCGUAACCUGCCACGGGAACUCGAUGGAGGGUUCGACGAGCAGGUUUCGGGAAGAUCAGACCCGGUUCCCAUUCUUGCGUAA